GUCCUUCAGAAGCUGGGUAAAGCUGAUGAGACCAGGGACACAGCGUUCGAGGAGGGCGUGGCUAACUUCAACAAGCAGAUGGRCGAGGGCACCAAACUGCAGAAAGACUUGAGGGCCUACCUGGCAGCAGUUCAAACCAUGCAUGAUGCGUCCAAGCGUCUGCAGGACUGUCUGGCGGAUAUGUACGAGCCAGAGUGGUUUGGCAAGGAGGAUGUGGAUACCAUCGCAGAGGUGAGAGAGACUAGRACMGUUGGUGUGUGUGUGUSAUCUAUGGGAAUUCAGGAUGAAAGACUACCUGUUCCUCUGUGAAAGAGGUGUACAAAA